AUGAAUAUUAUAAGGUUCUACAAAGUACCUGGUCUAAAAUCAGGCCAGUUAAAAAGCAAGUUCAAUAAUCUUAUUCAAAUAACAAAUCUGAUUAGUGGCUUAGAAACAGAAUUGUGUUACUACAUUGAAAUUAAAGAACCUUUAAGUGCAGAAGAAUUAAAAGUAUUAAAAUGGAUUUUAACUCCUCCUUUAGAGCCACAAAAUUUGAAGAAUUUUAGUGCAUUCAAUGAAAAAUCAAGCAACUGUCUUGUUAUUGAAAUUGGACCAAGGUUGAAUUUUUCUACAGCAUUUUGUAGCAAUGCUGUAUCAAUUUGUAGAUCUGUACAUUUAAACAAAAUAACAAGAAUUGAAGCAGUAACUAGAUAUUGCAUUACACAUAAUGGAUUACUUGAUAAAGAAGUUGAAGAUGCUAUAACAGAUGUAUUGUAUGACAAGAUGACUGAAUGCAGAUAUAUAAAAACGAUAGAAACUUUUGAUCAUGGAUUUAGACCGGAAGAUUGGUUUGAAGUUAAUAUUUUGGAAGAAGGGAGAACAGUAUUAGAAAAAGUGAAUUCUAAGUUAGGUUUGGCAUUUGAUAGUUGGGACUUAGAUUUCUAUACAGAUUUAUUUCUCAACAAAUUGAAGCGUAAUCCGACUAGUGUUGAGUGUUUUGAUUUAGCACAAUCUAAUAGUGAACAUAGUCGUCACUGGUUCUUCAAAGGUCGAAUGAUCAUCGAUGGCGAAGAGAUGAAACAAUCUUUAAUCGAUAUGAUCGUAAAGACGCAAAAUUAUUCUAAUCCAAAUAAUACAAUUAAAUUUAGCGAUAAUAGCAGUGCAAUUAAGGGUUUCCAUACAAAAGUUUUACGACCAAUGAGAACUCAUACAUGCAGUUCUUUCCAUUUACAAGAUGUAAAUCAUGAUCUGAUAUUCACUGCAGAGACUCAUAAUUUUCCAACUGGGGUUGCUCCAUUUAGUGUUAUUGCAAUUUAUAGUGGAGCUACGACUGGAACUGGAGGAAGACUGAGAGAUAUUCAAGGCAUUGGUAGGGGAGGAUAUUACAUUGCUGGAACAGCUGGUUAUUCUGUUGAUUACGAUUUGCCAUGGGAAGAGAAAGGUCUCCCAUAUCCUAAUAAUAUGGCUUCUCCGUUAGAGAUUAUAAUUGAAGCUAGUAAUGGAGCAUCUGAUUAUGGCAAUAAGUUUGGAGAGCCAGUUAUAUGUGGUUUUGUUCGUUCAUUUGGAAUGACGGAUGAAAUUGGUACGCGACGUGAAUGGAUUAAACCCAUAAUGUUUAGUGGAGGAUUAGGUACCAUGGAUGCCGAUAUGUCUCAAAAAAUUUUGCCAGAAAAAGGUGCAAGGUGAUAACAAAACGGAACUGGAUUUUGGAGCUGUACAAAGAGGCGAUCCUGAAAUGGAACAAAAAUUGAAUAGAGUUGUACGUGCUUGCAUUGAAAUGGGACAACAGAAUCCAAUACUUAGUAUACAUGACCAAGGAGCUGGAGGCAAUGGCAACGUUUUGAAAGAAUUAGUAGAACCCACGGGUGCAGUAAUCUUCACGAAGAAAUUUGAAUUGGGCGAUCCAAGCAUUAGUACAUUGGAAUUAUGGGGUGCCGAAUAUCAAGAAAAUGACGCAAUUCUUUGCAAAUCAGAGGACAAUAAUUUACUUAAAGAAAUAGCAGCGCGAGAGAAAUGUCCUAUCAAUUUCGUAGGGACUGUCACAGGAAAUGGAAAAAUCAUUCUUUCAGAAGAAGACGAUUGUGAUCCAUCGAAAUAUUUAAACGAGAAUUACGAGUUUAAAAAAAGGCAUCCAGUUGACUUGGAUUUAGAAUUAGUGCUUGGAAAAAUGCCUCAAAAGACUUUUAAUCUUCAAAGACAAGUGACUCAAUUACCUGCUAUUAAAUUACCAACAAACUUAUCCGUACAAGCUGUUCUAGAAAGAGUCCUACGAUUACCUUCGGUAGCAAGCAAACGAUAUUUAACUAACAAAGUUGAUCGUUGUGUUACUGGAUUAAUUGCACAGCAGCAGUGCGUUGGCCCUCUGCAUACUCCCCUUGCUGAUGUUGCUGUGACGGCAAUUUCUCAUUUUUCAACGGUUGGUAUAGCAACUUCUAUCGGAGAACAACCGAUAAAAGGUCUCAUAAAUCCAGUUGCUGGAGCCCGAAUGACCGUAGCAGAGGCAUUGAAUAAUUUAGUCUUUGCACACAUCUCCGAUAUUCAGGACGUUAAAUGCAGUGGAAAUUGGAUGUGGGCUGCUAAGUUACCUGGAGAAGGUGCAGCUUUAUACGAUGCAUGUUCUGCUAUGUGUUCAAUUAUGAAUGAAUUAGGAAUCGCAAUUGACGGAGGAAAGGAUUCUCUUAGCAUGGCUGCACGAAUUGGAAACAAUGUUGUUAAAGCGCCGGGUACGCUUGUGGUUUCUUGCUACGCUCCUUGUCCCGAUAUCCGACAAGUGAUAACACCUGAUUUAAAAGCUCCUAUAGCUGGAAAAAAUGGUUACAUACUAUUUGUAGAUUUAUCAAAUGGAAAAAGUCGAGUUAGUGGCACAGCUUUGGCUCAAGUUUAUAAUUCCCUUGGAAACGACGUUCCGGAUGUAGAAUGCACUAAUAUGUUAAAGAACACUUUCAAAGCUAUCCAACGUUUAAUUGCAGAGGAAAAAAUAUUAGCAGGUCACGAUAUUAGCGAUGGUGGACUCAUUACGUGCUUGCUUGAAAUGUGUUUUGCUGGUAUAUCUGGAAUAAACGUGAAUAUUUCUCACAAAACAGGAUCCCCUAUUGAAAUAUUAUUUACUGAAGAAAUUGGAUGGAUAUUAGAAAUUGAUCAAAUGAAUUACAAUCACGUUUUGAAUGUAUUUAAUCAAUUCAAUAUUCCUAUAUAUUUAAUUGGGCGAUCAGAAGGAUUUGGAUUGUCAUCGAAAAUAAAAGUUCAUGUACAAGAGAAGGUUGUUCUGGAUUCAACAGUGUUACCGCUAAUGAAUUUGUGGGAAGAAACAAGUUAUCAAUUAGAAUGUCGACAAACGAAUUUUGAAUGUGCACUCGAAGAAUUCAGUGGAUUAAAAGAUAGAACUGCACCAUUUUAUAAAUUAACAUUUAAUCCUGACAUUAGACCAACUGCGAUUUAUAAAAAUUUGUUUUCAACCAUUGCAGUUGCUGUAAUAAGAGAGGAAGGUAUAAACGGCGAUAGAGAAAUGGCUGCAUCUUUGAUGGAUGCUGGUUUCGAAGUUUGGGAUGUUACAAUGCAAGACUUGUUACAAGAUAAAGUUACAUUCGAUAGAUUCAGAGGAAUAAUAUUUCCUGGUGGUUUCAGUUAUGCAGAUGUUUUGGGUUCUGCUAAAGGAUGGGCUGCUAGUCUUUUAUUUCAUUCAUCUCUCCAGAAACAAUUAAAAACAUUUAUUUCUCGGGAAGAUACAUUUAGUUUAGGAGUCUGCAAUGGAUGCCAAUUAAUGUCUUUGUUAGGAUUGAUAGGAGAUAAAAAUAAUGAUACCGAAGAAUUGGACGUUUUUCUAAAUCAUAAUGUGUCGGAAAGAUUUGAAUGCCGUUGGAGUACCGUUAAAAUUGAUAAAUCAUCAUCGAUCAUGUUAAACGGAAUGGAAAACAGUGUUUUAGGUGUAUGGAUCGCUCACGGCGAAGGACGGUUCACAUUUAGAAAUAAUGACGUUUUACAAAAACUAAAAGAAAGUCAUUGUUUGGCUAUUAAGUAUACUGAUGAUUAUGGUAAUCCAACUGAACGUUACCCACUUAAUCCUAAUGGAAGUACAGAGGGUAUUGCUGGUAUUUGCUCGGUGGAUGGACGACACUUAGCAAUAAUGCCACAUCCUGAACGAUGUACAAAAAUGUGGCAAUGGCCUUGGACGCCCAAUGAUUGGAAAUAUACCAUUUCACCGUGGCAACGCAUUUUCGAUAAUGCGUACACGUGGUGCGUAACAAAGGAUUAG